CACAGAUUUCACCCGCACCACCCAAAGGUAAAUUUUACCUGUUGGCCGAGGGCAAGAGUGUAACAUGGAAUAAGAGCACCUCCACUUAUAGGAAGCUUCUGUUGGCCGAGGGCAAGAGUGUAACAUGGAAUAGAAAUACACCCACUUAUAGAAAGCUAGUUUUAUACAACUUACAUUGACGGAUAUAAAUAGAACAUAAGAUGGGUGAGUACGUUAAAGAAUGCUAAAACAUAAUGGACGAACAAGAUAUAUGGUAACGGUACACACGACAAGCCUCGUAGGCUUACAAGUCUCGUAGGCAUACAAGCCUCGUAGGCAUACAAGCCUCGUAGGCAUACAAGCCUCGUAGGCAUACAAGCCUCGUAGGCAUACAAGCCUCGUAGGCAUACAAGCCUCGUAGGCAUACAAGCCUCGUAGGCAUACAAGCCUCGUAGGCAUACAAGCCUCGUAGGCAUACAAGCCUCGUAGGCAUACAAGCCUCGUAGGCAUACAAGCCUCGUAGGCAUACAAGCCUCGUAGGCAUACAAGCCUCGUAGGCAUACAAGUUUUCACCCGUGAAGCCAUCUUAAAACCGGUGCUUGUUCUUUUAUUGUUGUUUUUUUUUUAACUGGAGUAAGUACCUAAGAAUCCCAUGAGGUUUUCUACACACUAGUUUGUUAAAUAGUGUGGUUUGUGAGGCUCUCCAAUAGUAAGUAACGAACACUUCCAUGGGACUAUCUAUACACUAGUUUGUUAAAUAGUGUGGUUUGUGAGGCUCUCCUAUAGUAAGUACCGAACACUUCCAUGGGACUAUCUAUACACUAGUUUGUUAAAGAGUGUGUUUUGUGAGGCUCUCCUAUAGUAAGUACCUAACAAUCCCAUUAGACUAUCUACACAUUAGUUUGUUAAAUAGUGUGGUUUGCGAGGCUCUCCUAUAGUAAGUACCUAACAAUCCCAUUAGACUAUCUACACACUAGUUUGUUAAAUAGUGUGGUUUGCGAGGCUCUCCUAUAGUAAGUACCCACCAAUCACAUUAGAGUAUCUACACACUAGUUUGUCAAAGAAUAUGGCACCUAACAAUCUUAUGAGGUUAUCUACACAAUAAUUUGUAUAAUAAUGUGGUGUGUGCGGUUCUACCUGAAAACAAUAAUAGGACACUAAGAGACGACCAGAUCCAGAAACUAAGAACUUGAUCAAAUCCAGAAACUAAGAACUUGACCAAAUUCAGAAACUAAGAACUUGACCAAAUCCAGAAACUAAGAACUUGACCAAAUCCAGAAACUAAGAACUUGACCAAAUCCAGAAACUAAAAACUUGACCAGAUCCAGAAACUAAGAGCUUGACCAAAUCCAGAAACUAAGAACUUGACCAGAUCCAGAAACUAAGAACUUGACCAAAUCCAGAAACUAAGAACUUGACCAAAUCCAGAAACUAAGAACUUGACCAAAUCCAGAAACUAAGAACUUGACCAAAUCCAGAAACUAAGAACUUGACCAAAUCCAGAAACUAAGAACUUGACCAAAUCCAGAAACUAAGAACUUGACCAAAUCCAGAAACUAAGAACUUGACCAAAUCCAGAAACUAAGAACUUGACCAAAUCCAGAAACUAAGAACUUGACCCAAUCCAGAAACUAAGAACUUGACCAAAUCCAGAAACUAAGAACUUGACCAGAUCCAGAAACUAAGAACGUGACCAAAUCCAGAAACUAAGAACUUGACCAAAUCCAGAAACUAAGAACUUGACCAAAUCCAGAAACUAAGAACUUGACCAAAUCCAGAAACUAAGAAAUUGACCAAAUCCAGAAACUAAGAACUUGACCAAAUCCAGAAACUAAGAACUUGACCAAAUCCAGAAACUAAGAACUUGACCAAAUCCAGAAACUAAGAACUUGACCAAAUUCAGACACUAAGAACUUGACCAAAUCCAGAAACUAAGAAAUUGACCAAAUCCAGAAUCAAAGAACUUGACCAAAUCCAGAAACUAAGAAAUUGACUAAAUCCAGAAACUAAGAACUUGACCAAAUCCAGAAACUAAGAACUUGACCAAAUCCAGAAACUAAGAACUUGACCAAAUCCAUAAACUAAAAACUUGACCAAAUCCAGAAACUAAGAACUUGACCAAAUCCAGAAACUAAGAACUUGACCAAAUCCAGAAACUAAAAACUUGACCAAAUUCAGAAACUAAGAACUUGACCAAAUCCAGAAACUAAGAACUUGACCAAAUCCAGACACUAAGAACUUGACCAAAUCCAGAAACUAAGAAAUUGACUUAAUCCAGAAACUAAGAAAUUGACCAAAUCCAGAAACUAAAAAAUUGACCAAAUCCAGAAACUAAGAACUUGACCAAAUCCAGAAACUAAGAACUUGACCAAAUCCAGAAACUAAGAACUUGACCAAAUCCAGACACUAAGAACUUGACCAAAUCCAGAAACUAAGAAAUUGACUUAAUCCAGAAACUAAGAAAUUGACCAAAUCCAGAAACUAAGAAAUUGACCAAAUCCAGAAACUAAGAAAUUGACCAAAUCCAGAAACUAAGAACUUGACCAAAUCCAGAAACUAAGAACUUGACCAAAUUCAGAAACUAAGAACUUGACCAAAUCCAGAAACUAAGAACUUGACCAAAUCCAGAAACUAAAAACUUGACCAGAUCCAGAAACUAAGAGCUUGACCAAAUCCAGAAACUAAGAACUUGACCAAAUCCAGAAACUAAGAACUUGACCAAAUCCAGAAACUAAGAAAUUGACUUAAUCCAGAAACUAAGAAAUUGACCAAAUCCAGAAACUAAGAACUUGACCAAAUCCAGAAACUAAGAACUGGACCAAAUCCAGAAACUAAGAAAUUGACCAAAUCCAGAAACUAAAAACUUGACCAAAUCCAGAAACUAAGAACUUGACCAAAUCCAGAAACUAAGAACUUGACCAAAUCCAGAAACUAAGAACUUGACCAAAUCCAGAAACCAAAAAAUUGACCAAAUCCAGAAACUAAGAACUUGACCAAAUCCAGAAACUAAGAACUUGACCAAAUCCAGAAACUAAGAACUUGACCAAAUCCAGAAACUAAGAACUUGACCAAAUCACUAAGUUGUAAGGAAUCUACACAUUCUUCCAAGGAGCUAUUAGAAUUUAAAUUCAUACCGUGGGUUUUUGUUGUACGUUCGCAAACCAAAACCGUAUGUGCCGCCCAUAUUGCCACGUGCAUUUAACGCAACUAGGAGUUUUGAUACCUAAAACAAUUAAUUAUCUCACUUGUAUAUACUUUGGUACAGUUUUCCCACCAGUUAGUUAUUUCAUGUGCAUAUAACUUGACCUAGAAGUCAUUAUUUCAUGUGUAGGCUAUAUAAAUUUAGCUCUAUAGGUAUGUCACUUUCUCAAUUGCUUGUGAUAUUAGGUCAUUCUACAAACCAAACCCAAAAUUAACCUAUAGAACAAACAAUCAAUAAGACGCCAAGUACAUAUAAACAAAAUCUAUGUCAAUGUUUAUAUAUAAGUAUAUUUCCAGUGGUUCCCUUGUGUAUAAACUUUAGCUGUGAUAUUUACAUCCUGACAUUUAUUUACAAACUAAAAACCUAGUUAAAUUGAACUCAAAUUGCAUUCACCGCAUAUCCUGUUUACAUGUUAGUAACUCAAAUUGCAUUCACCGCAUAUCCUGUUUACAUGUUAGUAACUCAAAUUGCAUUCACCGCAUAUCCUGUUUACAUGUUAGUAACUCAAAGCUCGUGCAGAGUUUGUGAUCGGGUCAAGGUCGCCCUAAUGUUAUGGGUCCUGGCACUGAUGGUCACCCUCCCUUUAAGUAUUGUCUCCGUGGCCACCUGGAGUUGGAUGAGCUGGACAGAUUCGGCGCUACAUGAAACAAAUGAGUUUGGCCUCUUCUAUGACGCAGACAUCACGCGGCCAUCUUGUGUUAUGGAGGAUAUCACCAGGGAAACGGAAGAAAGCGUCUAUCUCACGUGUAAGUUUGUUCAGGUGAUCAAAAUGUGUUGUUGUAUUUCUGUUUUUUUUUCUUUUUUGCUGUUGUUUUUUUUUUCCUCCUGAAGUUAUUUAUAGUGGUCAAAAAUCAUGAGAUUCAUCCUGGAUAAAAAAAAAUAAUUAGAUGUUCACCAGCUUCACUCUUAACUUAAACCCUUUGGUCAUUGGUCGUAAAUCUGAUGCUCUUAGAUGGAACAAAUUAACCUUUGUACUAUACGAUUUUUUCGCUCCUUUAUUUCUCAUGCAAAGUACAUCAAAUUUAUCGAUAGUUUUCUUACAGUAUAUACAUCUCCUCUUAUGAUUUUGAAGAUCGUCAAAGUCCUAUAUUCAAAUCCUCUAUUUCCAGUCUCUAUGGAUGCCUAAUAAUCUUCUAUUUUCAGUCUGUAUGAAUGCCUACCAAUCCUCUAUUUCCAGUCUCUAUGGAUGCCUAAUAAUCUUCUAUUUUCAGUCUGUAUGAAUGCCUACCAAUCCUCUAUUUCCAGUCUCUAUGAAUGCCUAACAAUCUUCUAUUUCCAGUCUCUGUUGAUGCCGUGGCAGGUUUGGUGAUUACUGGAAUUAUUGUUGACGCCAUAGCUUUCGUCCUUGGAUUCACCUACUUCUACAUCCGGGGUAAAGAGAAGGUCAAGCUAUGGAGAUUUUACAUACCAACAUCAGUAGCUGCACUUUCUGCGGGUAAUUCGUUGUUGCUGUUUUUAAAAAAUUCAUACACUAAGAGUAGGGGCAAACGAAUUCAUUGCAACCGAUCACCAAGGCCAUGGUCCGGCGAAAAAAAUGGGGGGGGGGGGGGGGGGGGAAAAGAGCCAAUAUUAGAUGGGUGCCAACAUCGUCCAGUUGUUGCUGUUUUUAAAAAAUUCAUACACUAAGAGUAGGGGCAAACGAAUUCAUUGCAACCGAUCACCAAGGCCAUGGUCCGGCGAAAAAAAUGGGGGGGGGGGUGGGGGUGAAAAGAGCCAAUAUUAGAUGGGUGCCAACAUCGUCCUAAGCUAGUACCUUAUUUGUGAAUCAGCCGAUCCAACCCCACGCACUUCACAGUGACAAGGGGAGUCAAAGUCGUCUCUUUACUGGUCCGCUCUGUGCGGUACUUUUUAUUGAUGGGCACUACUUUCAGCCUCCGCCCCGGAUGCCGCUUUUCUUCGGCGCGGCCAUGGUCAGGGCACCAGAACUUUUUGACAUGGUGCCUGAAUUGGUUAAGUUAUCAAAAAUGUGUUGUUGUUAUGUUUCGUUUUUCUUCUGUUUCGGGUAAAUUCCUAAAUAUUCGUUUGUUUCCAAGUUUUUGCUCAGAAUUUAUUUGUUAGUUUAUUACCCAGCAAUACGAGGGUUCCUUGCUUUAGGACACUCCAAAAACGUUCAAACAGUUGCGGCACAUCUAAAACGUGUUUCCUGGCAGUGACGCGUGACUAUUGUCUACGCUGCGCUCCUAAAAGUUUGAUAUAAACAUAUAAUGUUUUGACUUAGUCUCCUAAUUUAAUAUUAAGUUUCUGAUUAUUUCGAAAAUUCGCUUGAUGAUUUCCUGUGCAGACUCAUCAAUGUUGUCAAUGUUCAACAUCAGUAAACAGUGAGAUUGUAAAAUUUUCUAAUUGUCAUUAGUUUGAAAGACUUGUGUCAACAAUAACUAACCAUCACUGAUCAUAAACAUCAGGCUAUAGUUUGUGUGCGAAGUCAACGCCUACAGUAAUGAUCAACUUAGUAGUUCGGAAGAGGGGGAAAAAAUGGGUGUCUGUAAUAAAACAAAACAAUUUUUUUAGAUGCUCAGAUAAAAAUUAAAGAUGGUUGACAAUGGUUGCUGUACUAGAUUUUUUUUUUGUUUACACUUUUGGCACACACCUGAAAUAAAAUGUAACUACAUCACAACGAACUUAAAUGCCCAAUGAUGUGAGAUUACGGUUUCAUUGGACAUGGAGGAUAAAACAAAAUGUAUGGAUUUUAUUAAUUUUUUGACAAUUAUGGCUCAUUUAGCAGGCGCUAAAAGGGAACACUCAUGUAUAAUAGUAUAAACCAACCUAAAUUUUAUAUCUAUAUAUAUGACACUAUUGAACACAUUGGAGGCCCUGAAACUGUAUUUCACACAUUGGGGAUGGUAAACUAGGUCAUGGUUGUCAAUUUCUGUCAGUCUAAUCAAUAGUCAACUAAUUGUACCCCCCUCCCCGCGCACCACUUCUCCCCCCCUAACAGCUGCUUUUAUUCUGAUUGGCUGCCUGGUGUUCGUCGACGACAUGUCCGACGCCCUUGACGGUCCCAUGAUCCCAAGGAAGGAUGCCUCGUGUCAAACAGACGUCAGUCAGGUCCGACUGACCCUGGAGUACGGCUGGAGCUUCUACCUGUCUCUCGUCUGUGGCGGCGUCUGCUGUGUCAAGGGCAUCGUGUUCGCCCUGGUCUCGUGCUGGUGCUGACCAUGACGUCAGUGAAAUGGAGUCACGACGUCAGUGAAAUGGAGUCAUGACGUCAGUGAAAUGAUGUCAUGACGUCAGUGAAAUGGAGUCAUGACGUCAGUGAAAUGAUGUCAUGACGUCAGUGAAAUGAUCUCAUGACGUCAGUGAAAAGAUGUCAUGACAUCAGUGAAAUGAUGUCAUGAUGUCAUGACGUCAGUGAAAUGAUGCUGAUUGUAUAUAGUUCAAAUUAUGAGAUUGACUGUUUGAUACAUCAUUGCUGUGCAUGUGGAUGACGGUCUUCAGGUUGUCCUACAGACAAACGCCUUAAUUGGGGAAAGUGUUAAAAUGAAGGGGAAGGAAUGAGAAGAGGUUUGGGGUGUAAAACUAUCGUGGAUAUUACCACAAGGAACAAGAUUUAAAUUAAAUAAAAGAAGAGGUUAGACUUUUAAGCCCUUUCAUGGAUAAUAACGAUAAAAUCAGUUUAUAUUUAAAUUAAAAAAAAAAGAUUUUUGACUUUAAGCCCUAUCAUGACUGGUAACAAAGAGGAAGAUUUCUUUUCAAAACAAUCCUUUAUUUUAUUACGUUACACAAUACUGUAUACUGUUCAUGGUUCGUUUAAAUUAAUUACGACAUGUAAUAAAACAAAACAUUAACAUAAUGAUAAUUGUAAUGACACACUUUUAUUGCUUGGCUAUGGUAAACAAACCUUCUGUGUCAUAAUUUUAUAGCGAUUUAUAGCAGCCAUACAAGCAAAUUUUUGUCAUUUCAAACGCUUAUAUUAUCAACGAUUCAGUCUUUUCUAUUGUUAUUGGAGAAGGGGACAAAAUUAAAUCUUCUAUUUAUCUCCCACGGCAAGCUGCUUUAUGUAUGGCAUAUUAAUUUAAGUAGGUCAUAUUACGUUAUGUAGGGCAAAUUAAUUUAUGUAUGCCAUAUUACUUUAUGUAGGGAAAAUUACUUUAUGUAUGGGCAUAUUAAUUUAUGUAGGUCAUAUUACUUAUGUAGGGCAUAUUACUUUAUGUAUGGGCAUAUGACCUUAUUUAGGUCAUAUGGAGUUAUGUAGGGCAUAUUACUUUAUUUAGGCCCAUAUUUGCCAUGUAGGGCAUAUUACUUUAAGUAAGACGUAUUAAUUUAAUCAAGUCACAUUACUUAUGUAUGGCAUAUUACUUAAUGUAAGGAAUAUUACUUUAUUUAGGCAAAAUUACUUCAUGUAGGGCAUAUUACUUAAUGAAGGGAAUAUUAAUUUUUUUAGAACCAAUAAUUUUUGUAGGGCAUAUUAUUUAAUGUGGGGCAUAUGCCUUUAUUACUUAUUUGUGGAAGAUAAUCUAAUCUUGUUUUAUAAAAGAAAAUCUAAUGCCGGUGUCUAAAUAUUAUUGUGAAUUCAAAUAUUUAAUUAUGCCCUUU